AUGACUCCAAUGGACGAAAAGCUCCUCGUGGCGCUCACACGACGCCGCGCCGUCGGCACUCUCCGUACUCUCCACGUCCCCGACGCGACUGCGACUGCUGCAGUGGAUUUCAGCUCGAACGACUACCUCAGCUUUGCCCGCUCGCAGACGCUCACGGAUCUCGUGCAGACGCGACACCGAGCGCUGCAGGCGCAACAUGGGUACACUUUAGGGGCCACAGGUUCCCGCCUCAUUUCCGGCAACUCGAAGAUGUUCAUGCAGGUGGAAAAGGACUUGGCUACAUUCUACCACACUGAGGCGGCGCUGCUGUUCAAUUCGGGAUACGCUGCCAAUGUCGGUGUGCUGUCCUGUAUCGCCCAAGCAGAAGACGUGAUCCUGUACGACGAGCUCGUGCACAGUUCGUGCCACGACGGCAUUCGACUGAGUCGCGCGCACGCUGCGGGUCGAUCCUGUGCGUUCCGUCACAAUGACCUCGAGGACCUCGAGCGCAAAGUGGCCGCGUGUGGCUCCUCGUCUUCGUCUUCGACUGGAUCCGAUGCAGCACCGACGUGUGUGUACGUGCUGGUGGAGUCGCUCUACUCGAUGGACGGCGACGUUGCUCCGUUGGAGGCGAUGGCAGCGCUCUGUGACAAGACGGGGGCGUUUCUCAUCGUUGACGAGGCGCACAGCACCGGUGUCUACGGUCCGCAGGGCUCGGGUCUAAUCCGUGAGCUACGCGUCGACACCAAGUUCAAGAGCGCUGUAGCGUGCCGAGUCCACACGUUCGGCAAAGCGAUGGGCUGCCACGGAGCUGUGGUCUGUGGCUCGCAAGUGCUGAUCGACUACCUCGUCAACUACGCCAAGUCCUUCAUCUACACUACGGCAGUGCCGUUCCAUCAGCUCGUGGCGAUCGCCUGUGUGCACGAAUUCAGCGCCAGUCGUGAAGCCGACGCGCUUCGCCGCUCGGCGCGCGAGCGCGUUCAGGACUUCAAACACGAGAUGGCAAGCAACGACUCUAUUCCCCGUCAUGCGCUACUGCCUAGCGACUCCCCCAUCCAAAGCAUCGUGUGCAGCGGCAACGACCGCGUGCUGCAGGCGGCUCAGCUCCUCGCCGCCCGGGGCGUCCGCGUCGUUCCCAUUCGAUCGCCCACAGUGGCCAAAGGCGCCGAGCGCUUCCGCAUUGUCAUCCACGCACACAACACGCGGGCGCAAGUGAAACAGCUCGUGAUCGCGCUAUCGGCCGUGUUCCAAGCGCCACGUGCCUCCAACUUGUAG